AUGGGGUCUGGGAACGGUUUGAGGCGCAUUGCUGCUUUGAUUGGAAUUUUCGUGCUUUUCCAGGUGCAAGCUGUCCCAACACUUCACGAAGAUAAUGCAGAUGCUGGGGAACUGCGAGAUGACAUACCUGACAUCAACAGAGACUUAACACAUCUGUUUGAGGGAGACAUUGCCGGUGAUCCCAGGAGAAACGCAAUCCUCGACGAAACCAAAAGGUGGAAGUUUCCCAUCCCCUACAUCCUGACAGAUUCUUUGGAUCUGAAUGCCAAAGGCGUGAUCCUUCAGGCUUUUGAAAGUUAUCGUUUAAAAUCCUGUGUGGACUUCAAGCCCUACGAGGGAGAGAGCAGCUACAUCUCCUUCACUAAGCUCUCUGGGUGCUGGUCCUUUGUUGGGGACUUGAAAACAGGCCAGAAUGUGUCCAUAGGCGCUCGGUGUGACACCAAGGCCAUCGUGGAGCAUGAACUCCUCCACGCUCUGGGCUUUUACCACGAGCAGUCUCGCUCUGACAGAGACGACUACGUCAACAUCUGGUGGGAUCAGAUCACAGAAGGACAGCAACACAAUUUCAACAAGUAUGAGGAUGACUUCAUCACUGAUCUCAACACACCAUAUGACUAUGAGUCCAUCAUGCACUACAGACCCUUCUCCUUCAACAAGAAUGAGAGCAUCCCCACCAUCACCACCAUUAUACCGUUCUUCAACGACAUCAUCGGUCAGCGGCUGGACUUCAGUGCGGCUGACCUCACCAGGCUCAACCGCAUGUACAGCUGUGCGGACACCCAUACUCUCCUGGACCAGUGCUCCUUUGAGCAGAUCAACAUCUGUGGAAUGAUCCAGAAUGAGGUGGACAAUGCAGACUGGGUCCAGACCCUGAGCACUCCAGCUGAUACAGACCACACCUUGGCAGGCAACUGCAGAGAUGCUGGCUACUUCAUGAAGUUUGAUACAUCUACGGGUGCAUCUGGAAACAGCGCCUUGCUGGAAUCGCGUAUCCUGUACCCAAAGAGAGGCGAGCAGUGCCUGCAGUUCUUCUACAAGAUGACCGGAGCUGCAGGGGACAAGCUGGUGAUAUGGAUCAGAACUGAUGAUGGCACAGGGACUGUUCGCAGCGUCAGGAAGAUCCACACCAUCACAGGUGAUGGAGAUGACUCCUGGAAAGUGGCUCAUGUCACCCUCAAGGUUACAGAGAAGUUCCGCUAUUUCUUCCAGGGCAUCAGAGGAUCAGUAAGCUCCUCGGGUGCCAUCUUAAUUGAUGACAUCACUCUUAGUGAGACCGUUUGCCCCAGCGUUGUGUGGAAAAUCCACAACUUCACUGCCCUUCUCGCUACCACGCCUGCUGGACAUUCGAUCAGAAGCAAAUGCUUCUUUAACUCAGAGGGCUACUCUUUUGGUAUCAGUGUUUACCCCAAUGGAAGAGACAGCGCUUAUCCCGACUAUGUCAGCAUGACCUUACACCUCUGCAGCGGGGAAAAUGACGCAGUGAUGGAAUGGCCAGCAAAAAACAGACAGGGGACAAUUACUGCCAUGGACCAGGACCCCAAUGCGAAACUGAGGAUGUCUUCUACAAGAAGUUUCACCAGUGACACUAACCCCCGCUGGAACAAGCCCACAGCCACCUCAGGAGCGGUGUGGGAUGCCAGCUGCCAGUGUUUCCGGAGUGAGGACUACGGCUGGAGCACCUUCAUUUCUCACAGGCAGCUGCACAGGCGCAGCUUCCUCAAGAACAACGACCUCAUUAUCUCUGCAGACUUCACUGACCUGACUCACCUGAUAAAUACUGAGGUGCCCAUUAAAGAGGCUGCUCCCAGUAAUGACAUCACAGAUGAGAAGCCAAUCAGAGAGGAGGAAAUGAGAGCAGAAGCUCCGAAACACAGAGAACCACGUGCAGCCUCAACUAACCCGUGCCUUCCCAACCCUUGUCUUAAUGGAGGCGUCUGUGUGGACAGUCAAGGGAAGGCCUCAUGCAGGUGUGUUUCAGGCCAGGCCACUUAUUUUGCUGGCGAGCAUUGUGAGAAGCAGCACAUGGACGGCGGCAUCCUUGGAGUUUUGAUCGGCGGCAUAUCAGGGACUAUAGUCCUGACGCUGGCCAUCAUCUCUGUUAUCAGGAGACCUCAGUGA